AUGAUAAAAUCUUCGUUGACCCCUUGCUCUGGCCGAUUGUUUCUCAACAUGAAGAAAAUGAAUUUGCAGAUGGGCUGCCCAAGCAAGGAGCUUCUUGGUAUAUACAUAAUUCAGAGUGACUAUAUUUCUCAGUUUUUAAAUUGUAUUAUUGUUAAGGGCAACAAACAAAUAUGCCCAUCCUGUUUAAACCCGCUGGUUAAAUACUUGGAAAAAAACAAGGUUGAACAGAACAUUCAUAGUAGAGAGGACGGGCCGAAAAUCUGGGGCGGGGUGAGGGUCAAAAAUCCAGGGUGGGUGGGGCGGUCAUAA